ACUAUUUUAGUUUGUGCCUGUUUUGUGUGUUUUGUUUUUUCCCAAGUUAUAGUUUGCUAUCAGUUUGUGCUCCCCCUGUGCCUGUGGAUCGGUUUCUCUAACCCAGAUCCCACUGCUAGCUGUUACAGAACACAACAGUAUAAAACAGCAUCUUUUCGACUUUUGACUUAUGUUAAGUGCAUCAGAUACAUUACCUUACAUAUUAUGUAUUAAAAACAUAUUACUACAACAACAAGCAGUUCAUAUUAUGUUCUUGAUUGGUUAGCCAUUAUUGAAGACAUUAAACAAGUGAAAUCAUAACCCAGCUUUGGGGUAGUUUUGGAAAAGAGGUUUUUAUUUAUUCUGUGGCAUUUGUGAUGGUUUUAGUGAUUCAGCUGUGUCCCCUGCCCCCAUCGGCCCCUCUUUCUGUAGACCCCAGAAAUGUCACACCCUCUCAGACAGACCCCAACAGCUGUAAGGCGAGCGAGAUCGCGCACAUGGCACUGGCUAUUUUUAGAGUCCAUUCAGACUAGAACAUCACUCCUUCUCUUUCCCUGGACGUGGCUGUUCCUUCUGGAUCUCUCCCCGGCUGAAAGUUCUGGAGAAGUUUCGCAGCAGCCGUGCGAGUUCAUAAGUACCCGAGACGAACGCAGGACAGAGCAUAUAAACAAGCGAUAAAGAGAAGUCAACCUAAAUAUCUAAAAGGCCAACAUGGCUCUACUGUGUUACAACAGAGGCUGCGGAGGUCGAUUUGAUGCUGACAAAAACUCAGAUGAUGCCUGUCAGUUUCACCCCGGAGUGCCAAUCUUCCACGAUGCCUUAAAGGGCUGGUCCUGCUGUAAAAAGAGGACGACAGAUUUCUCUGAGUUCCUGUCAAUCAAGGGUUGCACUCGCGGGCGCCAUAGUAACGAGAAGCCUCAGGAGCCUCUGCAGCCAGAGGUGACGUCUGAUAAGGGAGACGUGAAGCAGCACAGUGGAGAGGAAAUUAUCUACCAGGGACCCAAAUCUGCAGAAGCCCUGGAAAAAGAGAGACCCAGCUCAGAUGAGCCAAAGACAAAGCUGCAGGUGAAGAUCGCUCCCUCUCUGGCUCAGAUCGUGGAGAAAAUGAAGAUCACCGAGCAGGAGAAGAGAGAGAACCUAGAGAGUCAAGUCAUUGUGGUUGGAGUGAAAUGCAAGAACACAGGAUGCAAAACAAUUUACCAGGGUCCAGAGACGAAUGCAGAAAUCUGCACGUAUCAUCCCGGGGUCCCUGUCUUCCAUGAAGGAUAUAAAUACUGGAACUGCUGCUGCAUAAAAACCACUGACUUCAAUGCCUUCCUGGAUCAGAAGGGCUGCACAACAGGAAAACACUGCUGGAUCCCCAAACAGGACAAAAAGAAGGUGGCUUGCAGGCAUGAUUGGCACCAGACAGGAAAGCAGGUCGUGAUCACAAUCUACGCCAAGAACUCCAGUCCAGAGCAUUCCUACGUGGAGGCAAACCGCACAGUGUUAACGUGCCACAUUCAGUUUGAGGGUGACAAAGUGUUUCAUAAGGAUAUCCACUUAUGGGGGGUGAUUGACGUGAAGAGCAGUUUUGUGAACAUGGUGCCCUCUAAAGUUGAGGUGACCAUGCUGAAGGCUGAUGCUGUAGCCUGGGGGAAACUUGAGGACCCCAAACACAAACCUGAGCCAGAGGUCACCGAUGAGAUGAACACAGAACAGGAAGACGUUAAACCCGACUGGUACAUCUCAGAUGAUGACAUCAGUGAGUCUGACUGGGAAGACGAAGAGGAAGACAAGAAAGAAAGAGAGGAGAAAAAAGAAGAACAGGCAGGUGAAGGACCCCCUGAGCUAGAAGAGCCUGCUGCUGUCCCCCCAGAAAAAUGAACGUUAUGUAAUUGUUGUUUACAAUAUGUCAUAGGAUUUAUACAAAUGUGGGGCUGCUGCUUUCAUGCAGUUAGCCUUUUUUUGUUUCAUUUCUCACACUGUUUUUGUCUGCUAACAUAUGUUGUACAGUAUGUUAUUGUGUGCAUAAAGGUUAGAGAAGUCUUAAAACUCUUGUCAUCCAGUUUUUGCACAUUGUUUAAUAGAAAUUUUGAAAAUAUAUCUUUGAAAGUUUGGGGUUGGUGAGAUAUUUUGAAUUUUUUUUUUUUUUGAAAGACUUUAAAUAACUUUUCUGUAUUAUAUUUUAAAAUGUAAUUCAUUCAUAUGGUUGGAAAGCUGAAUUUUCAGCAUUCAUUUUCAGUGUCACAUGAUCAUUUUUUAAAUCAUUCUGGUGUGCCGAUUUGGUGAAAUAUUUCUUAUUUGUUGAAAACAGUUGUGCUGCUUUUUUUUGUUGUUGAGAAAACUGAUAAUUUCUAUUUCAGUAUUCUUUGAUGAAUAGAAAGUCCAAAUGAAAAGAAUUUGAACUUGAUUGUUUUUUUUUUUUACAAUUUCAAUUUAAAGGUCGUUACUGCGCUUUACUGAAUAAAUAAAUCUUACUAAACCCAAACUUUUCACUGGUAGUUAAAAAUACUCAAUGCAGAUUUUCAGCACUGACAAAGCAAUGAAUGAACAGAAAACAAUCUGAGCGCUCAUACUGUAAGUAUAUUUUGUAAAACCAUGAUAAAGUGCAACAAGUCAAACAGCAAUGGCCACACUUUAUUUUUGCGUCAAGUCAACAGCAACAAUCCUGAAGUAGGUGAUUGCAGUCAGACAGAGUCCAAGGCCAUGGAAGCUUGACUGCAACCCAUAUGGCAAAAAUAUUUUAAAUAAAAAUUUAAAUACAUCUUAAACGUAAACAGUAGUCUUGACAAUGAAGAGGAUUGGUACCAGCAAAUAAAAAUUCAAUCUCUUCGGUUUUGGUUCUUUUUCUCGGUUCAAAGAGAAAAUUAAAAAAUAAGUUCUGUUCAUAAAAUCAUUGCCUUCCGCUUGUACCUGAUUACCACAGUCAUAAUCGAUGUGCUGAUACACGGAGAUGGUCAAAGUAAUGUUUGAUAUGUCAAUCCAAACUAAACAGCACGCAGCAACAAUUCAUCACAGAUGAGGAAGUUUAAAACAAAGACAUGCAAAAUAAUAAUAAAAAAUACGGUCCAACUUUUAGAGGCACAAUCAGCACCUAGACUGUCCAUAAACUUUCAUAUCAAGACCAUAUUUGUAAUCUUCCUUUUUUUUUUUUUUUACAGAGCAAUACUGUUAGACUUUGGCUCACAACUAUCAAGAAAACAAUUAAGUUGUCCAAUAUUGUGUAUAUUAUUUCUUUUAAUUGUAAAAUGUUACACUGUACCAUUGGAGUCUGUUGAUAAAUACUGUUUGUGAUCCACACAUUAGGCAAGUUCAAGUUUUGCUUUCCCUCAGGGUUUCCAUGUACAGACUGACCCCGAAAAGGGGCGACAUAUGAAUAACAUUCAUAAGUUGGAUUAUAUACUGUCUUAUAUGUAACAUAUCUCAUAGGUUUUUCCGUGAAUGGGAUACCAGUUUUCAUAUGAUAAAACAAAACACACAACCUUUUAAGUUUGCUUUUUUAAACAUUUGUUUUCUAUAUUAAAGUGCAAGGCGAGAUAAAAUACAUCUUGAAAUGUACGACAUACAGCAUCACUUUCUUUCACGAGAUUUCCCUGCAGAAAAAGUAAAGAAACAGCUCACUUUAAACCACUGCGCUCCAUUUACUCACUUGGCACAAGAGUUACGGCACUGAAGCUUCUAGAACGACGGCUCAAUUGACACACUAGUGAUACACCAUCACGACUUGGCUGACGAUCUGAGAGAAAAAGAAAAAGUAGACCUUUUUUCUGCAUAAGGGCAUGAAAGGCAUGCAGAAACUAGAUGGUCUUUGAUAGAGCGAUACAGAGACUAGAUGCAGAUUAACUAUUCAGCCAGUUUGACGAAUAAUACAGGUCCACCAUACAUUCAUUCAUCAGGAUAUUCCUUUUUCUUUUUUUUUUCUUUUUUUUGCAUGUGUUUGUCUUCGUUUUAAUACAAUUGUUUCGUUUUGUUCGAUUUAGUUUGUUCCAUUCUUGUUGUUCAGGCGGCGACAGGACGGGACCAAAGAAAUGUCUUAUUUUUUUUCCUUUGGAGAGCGAAAAAAAGUUUGUGUCUGACAGCUUGAAUACUAAGAAAAAGAGAAAAAAAAAGUAGCAUAAGAUU